AUGUCGUCUCCUAUUCCAGAAGGAUCGGAAUUGAGUCACCGGAUUUGGUCCGCUGCGUCGCAACAUGUAGCGGUUUUUGCUAGAGCUACCAGCACGUCGUCGUUGCCGUCGCCGUCGCCGACAUCGCCGGCGAAUCCUAACGACAAGCAAGGUCUGGGAAUUGUCAACUUUUUGACAGCCCUGGGCGUGGCCGUAGCGAUUUUUUCUGCUCAACUUACCUUGUUUGCCCUUUUGAGAAACAAAUUGGCAAGAAUUUUUAAGCCCAAAACAUAUCUUGUUCCCGAGCGAGAGCGUACUGAUUCACCACCGAGAAACCUCAUUCCUAUGAUUCGAACACUGGUCCUCUAUCGUGAUCGUGAUGUCAUCAACAAGUGUGGUCUGGACGCCUAUUUCUUCCUCCGGUAUCUCAAGACGCUCCUCGUCAUAUUCAUACCCAUUUGCCUAGUCGUGCUGCCGAUUUUGAUACCCAUCAACUACGUCGGAGGCAGAGGCCAUAACAUCGACUUUGAUGGGAGAAACAGGUCCAGUUCCGCUCAAUCUAGUCAAACUCCCACAGGCCUCGACACCCUCGCCUGGGGUAAUAUUAGCCCACAAAAGACAAGUCGAUACACUGCCCAUCUCGUCAUGGCCAUCUUGGUUGUCAUAUGGGUUUGCACCGUCUUCUUCUUCGAGCUGAGAGUUUACAUCAAAAUUCGCCAGGAUUAUCUCACCAGUGCCGAACAUCGUCUCAGAGCGUCUGCUACCACUGUGCUCGUCAACUCGAUCCCGAAGAAGUGGCUCUCAGAAGAGGCGCUUCGCGGACUGUUUGAUGUUUUCCCGGGAGGGAUUAGAAACAUCUGGUUGAACAGGGACCUGACCUUGCUUCUGGAUAAGAUCUCUCACCGAGACAACAUACAUAAGCAGCUCGAAUCCGCCGAGACGGAGCUCAUCCAGACUGUCAAGAAGGCACAGUUGAAGCAGCAAAAGGCGCAGGAGAAAAAAACUCGUCGGACGCUCCAUCUCGGUGCGCUGACGAAAAAAGAACAGGCUGCUCGAGAUGCGGAAAAGGAUGCCGAAGCCGAUCGCUCAGCUCGUGUCGAGUCAGGUACUGAUGCCGGGCAGAGUCAAGACGUCCCCCACACCAUUGACGCCGGUGUUCGCGAAUCCCGCAUGGACAGCCGGGGCAGGGACCACAGUCGGGAACACUCAUCAAAGAGUACUGAAGAGCGCUCAACUCCCCUUCGUACGGUUGGUGCUGGUUUGAAAGGCGUAGCUGGAGCGGCCGGGAAGGCGAGCCGAGGUUUGAAUGACGCCAUUGCGACAAGCAAUGGAUUUAUGGAAUUGAAUCCAGCAGCGCCAGUGUCUCACAACCAGAAUACCUCCUCCCCGCCCGCCGUCAACUCGCUAGAUAUGCCACGGAGCAACUCUCCCGAAGGCUCGCUGCUCACUGCCAGCUCUCAGAAGGCGACUAAGAGACCGCACGGUGCAGGACACAGCAUGGAGAACACCGUUCGAAAACUAGACAACAUUGAAGACAUGUAUGUGAACGAGAGCCCCAAAUUCUGGCAGUUUUGGAAGCCGCCUCCCGGUUCCUAUGCCUCGCCCGUGCCACAGGGUGACGGAGCAGCGUCGGAUGAUGCCAAGGAUGCUUCCGUUUGGAAGCAGCUGAAAAAUGCCGUGCCAUUUCUAGGCUCGAAGGAGGAAGAGUUCAAAUACGAUGAGGCUUACGAGUCGGAAUACAAGAUUGACAUGGAUACGGAUGCCGUCUGGACAAGAUACAUCAAAAAGGGCAGACGGCCUACGCAUCGCCUUCCUCUCUUCGGCGUCGACUGGUUAUUUGGAGUACCCCUCAUCUCAAAAAAGGUCGAUACAAUAUACUGGUGUCGACAAGAACUUGCCCGGCUCAAUCUGGAGAUUGAAGUAGAUCAGAAACACCCUGAAAGAUUUCCCCUGAUGAAUUCCGCCUUCAUCCAGUUCAACCAUCAGAUUGCCGCUCACAUGGCUUGCCAAAGCAUCAUUCACCACUUACCAAAGCACAUGGCUCCCCGCAUGAACGAGAUCUCGCCUCGUGAUGUACAGUGGGGCAACAUGGCAAUCGGUUGGUGGCAGGAAUGGGUUCGGACCUUUGUAGUGGUCGCCAUUGUCAUGGCCAUGUGCAUCUUGUGGAGUGUUCCUGUGGGUUGGACUGCUGCUCUCGGCCAAGCAGAUUCCCUUCUCAGGACUGGUGACUGGUUCAAGAGUAUCGAAAAAAGCAAGGCAUUGGCGAACAUUGUCAAAGCCAUCUCGGGAGUCCUGCCAGCAGCGAUUCUGGCACUCUUGCUUUUCCUAGUUCCUCUAAUAUUCGGCUUUUUGGCCGGCUUUCAAGGCGCCAAGACUGGUUCUCAAAAGUCGGAGUUCGUCCAGAUAUAUUACUUCGUCUUCCUCUUCGUACAAGUCUUCUUGGUUGUCUCGAUUGCGUCCUUUGUCUUCAAAACUCUGGGCCAAUUCGUGGACAAUGUCAAGGAGCUGUCCAGUGUGACGUACGUCCUCAAUAUUCUCGCAAAGAACCUUCCGUCUGCUGCCAUCUACUUUUUCUCCUACAUGAUUCUGCAAGCUCUCUCAACUAGUUCCGGUACUCUACUGCAGGUCGGCACCUUGUUUAUGUGGUUCAUCAUGGCACCUGUGUUGGACAGCACGGCGAGAAACAAAUGGACGAGGAACACUUCUCUCAACCAAGUCAACUGGGGCGCUGUUUUCCCCGUUUACACCAACUUUGCUUGCAUCGGUAUAAUUUACUGCGUGAUUGCGCCCUUGAUUUCCAUCUUUGCAGUCAUCACGUUCAGCUUGCUUUGGCUGGCACAGAGGUACGCGAUGCUGUAUGUCAACAGGUUCGAGGUCGACACCGGCGGAGUCCUUUACCCUCGAGCGAUAAACCAAACUUUUACCGGCUUGUAUUUCAUGGAGCUCUGCUUGGCGGGACUGUUCCUUAUUGUGGUGGACGGUAACGGCAACCGGACCUGCACGAUACAAGGCGUCAUCAUGAUUGUGGUUUGCAUUUUGACUGUGUGGUAUCAAGUCAUGCUCAACAAGGCCUUCUCGCCCCUUUUUCGCUAUCUGCCGACCACGUUUGAAGAUGAAGCCGUGCUUCGGGACGAGGCGUUUCAACGCGCCCAGGAUAUCCGCUUCGGGCUGGUUCAAGAAGAAGACGGAACCUGUGCAGACGCAGACGCAGACGCAGACGUCCAGGAGGUGGACAAGGCGCCCAAGAUUUCGGUGGACAACAAAGAUGUCGAGUCGAACGACUUGGAGAAGGAUCGGCCGGACGGUUCGCACCAACUUUUCAAGCCGGUCAGGCAGGUCGGGACGUGGGCCAAGGCCGGGGGUCGGCAGGUGGAAACUUGGGCCAGAGGAGGUGGCCAUCAACUGCGCAAGCUCAAAGAAAUGAACGACAACUCCAAAGCUGCGCAAUACAGGCGACAACGACGGAAAAAGGAUCUGGAAGCGCAGAGAGCAAUCGGCGCCGCCCUGUACGGCGGCAUGCACGACGACAUUGAAGACCUCACUCCCAGCGAACGAGACGCCUUGACCCAGCACGCCUUCCUGCACUUUGCUCUCCGGGCGCGCAGGCCGACUGUGUGGAUCCCGCGGGAUGACGUGGGGGUCAGCGACGACGAAAUCCGUCGGACUCACGCCUUUAGCAAGCAUAUAUGGAUCAGCAACGACGGCACAGCCCUCGACAGUAAGACUCGGGUCGUGUACGGCAAGAACCCCCCCGACUUUUCCGAGGUGGACAUUAUCAACCUGUAG